CCUGCGAGACAGCGGGAGCGCGCACUGAGGAAUGGGUUUACUGGCUGUGUUGAGGAGACUGAAGAACUCACCUGAGCAGGAGGUUCGAAUCCUGCUGCUGGGUUUGGACAAUGCGGGUAAAACCACCCUGAUCAAACAGCUGGCAUCAGAAGACAUCAGCCAUAUCACUCCCACACAGGGUUUCAACAUCAAGAGUGUGCAGUCUCAAGGGUUCAAAUUGAAAGUGUGGGACAUCGGUGGACAACGCAAGAUCAGACCAUACUGGAGAAAUUACUUUGAGAACACAGAUCUCCUGAUUUAUGUGAUUGACAGUGCAGACAGAAAACGCUUUGAUGAAACAGGACAGGAGCUGUGUGAGCUGCUCGAGGAGGAGAAACUGAGCAUGGUGCCGCUGUUGAUUUUUGCCAACAAGCAAGACAUGAUGACGGCAGCGACGGCCGGUGAGAUCGCUGAGGGACUCAACCUGCACAUCAUACGAGACCGAAUCUGGCAGAUUCAACCAUGCUCUGCUCUCACCGCUGAGGGAGUUCAGGACGGGAUGAUCUGGCUGUGCCGGAAUAUUCCUACCAGGAAGAAAUGAUGCACAAAAAUGAUAAUGUUUCUAUAAAAACGUUUGACUGAACACAGUGGUGUUACUGUAAAGAGUCUGUAUCAUAUUUGUAUGUAUUUAUCAGCAGAAACAUAUAUAACAUUCUUAUAUAUUAAUGACAAGCACCAGCUGUAUAUUAUUCAUUUGUAAAGAAAGUAUUUCAGGUGAUGAUGACAGUGUCUGUCUGACUGUUUGUUUUUGAAAUAAAAGA